UCGAAAAGGGGGAUUUUCUUUCUUUCUUUCUUUUUAAAUCUUUCGUUUCUUCUGAAAUGGCUUCGAGUUUUGAUCGGUGGGAAAAAGACCCUUUCUUCUCUGUUGCUGAAGAAGUACAGCGAUCUGCUGACAGAUGUUUCUUCUCAGUGGAAUUUUGAGGAGCUUGGUAGGGAUCUACGUACUACUAUUAGCACUACCAAAUGGCAGGAAUCAGCUUGUAAAGAGGUUAGGUCAUCGAUGCAUUUGGAUGAAGGUGAACCUAACGAGCUCGCUUUGUUUUUGUUUGCACCCAGAGACAUGACACUUCCUUCUAAGAAUCAUGGUAGGGGUAAUGAAGUUCGACGAGGGAUGAAUAGAGAAUCAGCAACAGAUUUGUUGAAGAAUGCCGCUCUGUCUAUUGAGUUGAGAUCAUCUGAGCCUAACAGUGAGAAGUCAGUCGGGCAUAGGAGGGCUGCUGGUGCUGCUAACAUUGGUGCUUGGAAGAUUGCAAUUGGUGAUGAUGUUGUACAGAAAAACACUUCCAAUAGUCGGCCUUCUAUUCCACCACGAAGGGCACCGAGUUCUGGUUCCCUAAGUUCCAUGGAAUCUGCAGCCAUGGGGAAGUGGUCAAAGAAUAGCUUCAGGAAGUCAAAGGCAACGACUGUCAUCAAGAGUCUAAAGCAGAUUUCUUGAGACCUCCCGAGUUGCCUAGGGUGAAAUUCUACCACUUUAUUAAAUGAGUUAUAGUUUUCGAUAUUUACUUUUCGUUACCAUAUUCUAUGCCAUUCCAUUAGUGUUUAUAAGUUCCUGUUUUAUCUUUUCGUUCUGCAGGGGGCAUGAUAAAUGCUAUGAAAGAAUAGUGGUGGUGUGGAUUGUGAUGAUAAGCAACUUAAUAGCUAGUAUGGGUCUUUCCAAAAACAGCUUCGAAGGUCUCAGUAUCAAACGAAAACUAACCGUUUUAUCGACAUAGCAGUUUGGGCUUUAAUGUUCAUUUGCGUGAUUGUUUUGAUCGCAUUGCAUAACAUAUGAAUAGGAGACACUUGGACCGGCGAUUUAGAAUCAGUGGCAGAUUAUUUGGCCGAAAGUGGUUGAGGAGUAUAUGAUGAGCAUAUUAUGCUUUCACUGGAUGAUAUGCCCGGUUACGUCUUGGGCGAAGAUGUCUUGGGUGAAGGUAGCAUGAUGAAAAGCAAGAACACCUUCUGUUCCUUCUCUUAACUACUUCUUGCCUCUCCCUUCCGACAUCAAUUUUUUUCUGAUGAAGGGCAGGUCCCGUAGUUUAGCUAGGAUCUGAGGGAUUAUGGAGUUGAACCGAGGCUGUUGGGUCAUUUUCUUUUUUCCUUUCUGAAUAGUAACAUUGUAUUAACAGCUUGUAUCAUUUGAAUCAUCCCUUUGCCACCUUUUU